CAUCUGUCUGUCUGGCUGUCUCUCUUCCAACUUACCUACCUAGCUGGGAACAUUAAACUACAAAUCGCAAAAUUACAGUUAGCCACAAGAUGGCAGUGGCUAUCUGAGCUAAACCACUACUCGAGCCCUUUAAACGCCUUUGUCCCGUCAUUAUAAGUGCCUUAUUUGACCAUUUAUGUUAACGACAUAAUUUUGUACUCCACCUUUAAUCUUCAUAGAAAAGUCUUUCAUAUGAUCACGCUAUGUUUGACGCUGAUUGACAUCAUGUAAGCGUUUCAUUCACUUCAACAACUGAUUGUUGCUGUCUCGUGAGUUGGGGAGGGCGACAUCACAGCUCCGCCUUCGACAAGCCAUCCUGGCCGACUUGCUGUCGCUGAGCAGCAGCAGCAGCAGCAGCUCCGCCUUCGACUAGCCAUCCUGGCCGACUUGCUGUUGCUGAGCAGCAGCAGCAGGCAGCAGGCUGCAGGCGGUGUCCGAGGAGGAGUGGAGGCAGUUCGGAGGUGAGAAGCGGAAGACAAAAAACGUCUUUAGGGCAACCUCAAGGGGAAUACAGGUCGUUUUGGGAAGCGUGAAUACGGGCUUGUAGGUAGUUAGUGGAUGGCUGCGAGGGGGAGCUCGCUGGGACUGCCUGCCGCGCUGCUCUCUUAACCCCCACCCCACCCCCGGGGCCCCCGGCCAGGCGCUCGGAACUCAGCCCGACGCCCCCUCUUGCUCGUCGCCCCGCUUCAUUCCGAGCAUGGCGGCGCUCCUCCGGGCCCGGGCCAUUUACGACUUCAACUCGGAGAACCCCGGCGAGGUGUCGGUGCGCGAGAACGAGAUAAUAAGUUUGCACAGCGAGCAGGACAUCGAGGGCUGGCUGGAGGGCACGAACAGUAAAGGCGAGAGGGGCCUCUUCCCCGCGUCCUACGUGGAGGUCCUUCGGGGGGACAACAACAACAUGUCCGGAGACACGUACCCCGAGUCCCGCUACGCUAACGUGCCAUCCACAGGGAGGGUGGACAAUGCAUUCCCACCCCCUGCACAGCAGCAACAGAUCUACCAGCAAGCCAGCGACGAUGACUGGGAUGACGACUGGGAUGACAGUUCCACUGUGGGGGACGAACCGGGCACCGUGGGAAGCCGUUACCGGGACUUCGAGGGCAACGGGGCGUCCAUCUACACGGUGUCUACAUCCUCUAUGGCGAGAGGACAUCAUCACAAGAGCUCGGCGACAGUCAGCCGGAACCUGAAUCGGUUCUCAACUUUCGUCAAGUCCGGAGGUGAGGCCUUCGUGCUGGGCGAGGCGGCGGGUUUCGUGAAGGACGGGGAUAAGAUUUGCGUGGUGAUGGGCCAGCACGGUCCCGAGUGGCAGGAGAACCCGUACCCGUUCACCUGCACCAUAGACGACCCUACCAAGCAGACCAAGUUCAAAGGGAUGAAGAGCUACAUGUCGUAUAAGCUGACGCCCACUCACACCCAGGAGCAGGUGAACCGGCGCUACAAGCACUUCGACUGGCUGUACGCACGCCUGGUGGAGAAGUUCCCCGUCAUCUCGGUGCCCCACAUCCCCGAGAAGCAGGCCACGGGGCGCUUCGAGGAGGACUUCAUCUCUAAGAGGCGGAAGGGCCUCAUCUGGUGGAUGAACCAUAUGACCAGCCACCCGGUCCUGGGGCGCUGCGACGUCUUCCAGCACUUCCUCACCUGCAGCACCACAGAUGAGAAGGCCUGGAAAAUGGGGAAAAGGAAGGCAGAGAAGGACGAGAUGGUGGGCGCCAACUUCUUCCUCACCAUUAGCACGCCGCCAGCACCGCUCGACUUCCAGGAGGUGGAGAGCAAGAUCGACGGCUUCAAGGCCUUCACCAAGAGGAUGGACGACGGCGCCCUGCAGCUCAACGCCACCGCCGGCGAGUUUGCGCGCAAGCAAAUGGGCGGCUUCCGGAAGGAGUACCACAAGAUGGGCGUGUCCUUCAAAGUCCUCAGCCAAGCCUUCGAGAUGGACCAGCAGGUCUACUCGGCCGGACUCAACCAGGCCCUCUCCUUCACGGGUGAUGCAUUUCAAUCCAUUGGGGACUAUUUCGCAGAGCAGCCCAACAAGGAUCUGGACCCCAUCAUGGACCUGUUAGCGCUAUAUCAAGGACACCUGGCCAACUACCCGGACAUCAUCCAUGUCCAGAAAGGCGCCCUGACCAAAGUGAAGGAGAGCCAGCGUCACGUGGAGGAGGGCAAGAUGGAGGCGGCGCAGGCGGAGGGCAUCACGGACCGCUGUAACAUCAUCUCGUGCGCCACACUGGCCGAGAUCCAACACUUCCACCAGAUCCGCGUGCGCGACUUCCGGGCGCAGAUGCAGCACUUCCUGACGCAGCAGAUGGCGUUCUUCCACAAGAUCACUGCCACGCUGGAGGAGGCGCUGCACAAGUACGACAAUGCGUAGCCCGCUACGAGUGUCGGCGUGACACUAUUGACUGUAAAGGCCAGAUGGUGGCACUACUGAGCGUGCCAUCUCAGAGGGACUUCCAAUGCUGGGAGGACCAAUGUGUUUAGUUAAAGCAGGGGUGUCCAAAGCGCAGCCCGUGGGGCAUUUGAGGCCCGCCGUCCAUAUUUUUUUUUGCAGCCCGCGGUAUAUCCUAAAAAUAACAUUUGACAUGGCCAGGAAAGUUGUUUAAAAAAACAAACAAAAAAACGUGUGAGGAUGCCCCUGACAACUACUAUGACUACCACUAUAAUUAAUUAUUAUUACUACUAUUAUCAUUGGCAUGACAGCUUUUCGAGAUACACAAAUCUACUACAGUGGUAUCUUGACUUAAAAGUUUAAAUCGUUGUGUGGAAUGUAGAAUGUAAAGGUUUAAACAAUUAUUGAAUAAUGAUUUCAUGCCUUAAUUCAAAUGGCCCAUUGUGCUGAGCCUUCUGAUGUGUGUGCAUUGGCCAUCAGCCGGCAGUAUAAUACAUACAUAAAACAUGUAGAUUUGAUGAUGGAACACAAAGAAGACCGUCGCAACUAAGCUGCAUUUUUCGCAACGUUGGCAUCGGGCGGAAUCUUUGCAUCUCCAGAACUCAUCGCUUUUCAGGAAACCCCCCCAAAAUGGCAUUUUAGUUAUUUGUUGUUGCCAUAAAUGCAACGGCAAAGAGAGCGAGCCGUUUUCUAGGCUUAAGAUUGGUCAAUAAUUUGUUAACAAUAUUUUACAUUUUGGUUCGCUACACAAAGCAAAAAACAAAAUUGACCAAACGAUGGCUCGUAUCUAGAAAAACUUUGGAGGGUAAAUACCACUAUGUACUACAAAAUAGUAACAACAUUCUCUUCAUGAUGCCCUGUUGAAUAAAGAUAGUCAGUUUCAGGAGAAAAAACAUGAUUUAUUUCACAUUCUGCUCUGUCAAGGAUCAAUUUGUGAACAUAUCACUUAAAUGAUUCUCAAGUAACUUAAAAAUUGUCAGCUUACUACAGAUUGCUCUUGCGUGCAGGGGCAGAUCUAUUCUAGUGGAAUACAGGGCUGUGGGCCACCCCAAAAUCCUGAAAAAAAACAUUGUACUUCUUAUUACCUAAAUAGAAAGCGUGAUGUAGCAGUUUUCAAAAUAACUAUAAUAUAUAUAAAACAAUAUAUUUUAUCUUAAUGGAUUGGUCUGAGCAUGUUUAAUAAAUUAGAAUUAAAGGAUGUCAAAGUGGCCUUGCAUGCUUUAAGUUUUUUUUUCUUUAUGCAGCCUCAGAGGAAGUAGUUUGGACACCCCUGACUUAAUGCAACUUUUAGGCCUUCUGUUUAAGUAAUCGGCAUCAGUUUGGCGCGCAGGAAGUGAUCAUGAUAUCAUUUUACUUCUUUGUUUUUCAGCCUUAUUACGUCAUUUUUAAACGGACUAUUAACGCUAACACAGACAAAAGUGUUUCCUCUCACUGUGCCUUCUCCUUUUGUUACUAAAGCUUUAUACUGUAAAUGUUGAAAUUCCAUUUGUUUGUACAAAAAAAAUUGGUGAAAACACCACAGUUGUUUGAAUGGAUAUCAGGAUGUUUUAUUUACUGCAUGUGCAAGAGCAUCUCAAUAAAUUAUAUUAUGGCCUUUUUAA